AUGCUGAAUAUAUCGCCCCCGGCGGCAGUGGGGCAGAAGCCGCUCCCGGAGGACGCAGCCGUGCUGUCCCUCACACACUUCUCCCGGCCGCCGUUCCUCAGCUUCGGCUGUGUUCGCCCUGGUUCCGCCCGCAGUGCGGUUCUUUUGCUGCAGAAUCCCUCGGCGGACCCGGCUUAUGUGACCGUGAACAAGCUGCCGCAGCACCGAGGCUUCAGCGUGCCGGAGACGGAGCUCCUCGUACCGCCUCUUGAAACGCUGCCGCUGACUAUCACAUGGACCCCCUUAGAAGAAGGAGGAAUCCGAGAACUGGUCACAUUUCUUCUAAACGAUGUUGUGAAGCACCAGGCCGUAUUGUUGGGACGUGCGGAGCUCCCAGUGAAAAAAAAGAGAAGCAGAUGGAAUACCGUGAAAAAGAAAUACUCUCCAGUGGGAUCCAAAGCUUCUGAUCUGAAGAAAGUUUCUUGUUCUAAUGCAAAAAACAAAACCAUCAAAUUGCCACACAAAAGUGGUGAUGGGACAUUACAGAGGACACGAAGCCCUCUACACUCCUGUGAAAAUCUAACCAAACCAGUGAACAGUCCCUCUUCAGCGAGAGAGUCCAGACGAAGCUCAGAAAAUAGAGUUGUGGCCGGCCUGGUCAGUCCACUUGCCACCCAGCUGCAGUCAUUUACUCCCGGAUCACUAAGGAGGUCAAAAACCUAUUCUGUUCUGUGUACUACAGAGUACAGGGAGGCCGGUGAGGAGGUCACCAGUAUAUCUACUGUCCAGGGAGACAGGUUUAUUGAAGAAGAGUGGACGCUAAGUGAACAGAGGAUAGAUAAAGUGUCAAUGUCUCCAAUUAACCCUGUAUCUGGCCAGCAGGGCCAUUUUAUUUGUACCCCUAGUAUAAUCCAUGAGUGUACAGCUUACCCUGUAUUGUCUCCUACCGAGUUCUGCAAAACUGAGGUUACAGUGAAACAGUCACAAACGACUUGUUCCUUUCAAGAGUCUUCACAUGAACACAGCAGAAGUGUCCUCUCCAGAAGCUGGACUCCGCCAUCAGUUUUGAAGACCCCACAAACGGACAUCUUAAGCCCAGACUCCUUUGUAAAUAAUAGCUAUGUGGUUUCAGACGAGUAUCUAACUGCAGGUCCACAGACUCCAAUUCUGUCACCAGAUCAGUUUGUGAAGGACAAUUUGCUCACACCUCAGGCUGACUCAGCAGCUUUUAAUGCAUUCUACUUAAGUACACCACCUGGUAAAUAUUCUGUUAUCCAAGAAGAGGUGACAGUGACCCGAUCUACAAGUGGAUAUAGUGACCACAAAGUAGCUGAUGGAACCAUCAAGGCUCUUGAACCUGUUGGCUCCAAGCUAACAAUCUGUGUGAAAAAGCCAAAAGAAAGAUUUGUUGACUUGAGAAAUGGCAAAAUUGUUCCAAAGAGUCAUGCAAAGCCACCCAUCAUACCAUACACCGUUAUAAAGGGGAAGGCUGGGGGUGGCAGUGGAAAGCAGCAAAGACCACAGUCUCCACUAGAUGAUAUAACUGGUACCAUAAAUCCUGGAAAACCACCUGUAAUAUCUGCCACUGUUAUAAAGGUACGAGACAACAGUGAGCAUAGACUUCAGUCUCUAAUAAAUGAAGAUGUAACGGACAUGAAGUAUCUUACAAAACUGCCCAUAAUAUCAGAUGCCGUUACAAAUGUAAAGGCUAAGGAUGACAUUGAAAAUCAGCCUAAACCUCUGCUGACCAAUGAUGAACCUGGCACCAAAGAUCCUGUAAAGCCAACCAUAUCCACAGCAACUGUAGUGAAAGUAAAGGCAGGGGAUCGUAUUGAAAUGCAACAUAAAGCCCCGCUGAAGUCCCGCAGAAGACUGAGGAACAUUGAAUCAGACGGGAGUGUUGACUCUCGGGUCAUUCUGCUUUCAGAUUUGCCGGUCAUAAAUGUUCCAGAUGUUUCAGCUCAAAGCCUACCAAGUUCUGUCAGCAGUUCUGAAUCAUCUGUGAAAGUAUCUAAACCCAAGUCCAUCUGUGGUCACAAGAGGAGAAGCGAGGAAAUUUCUAGGGACGUUUCAGUUGCAUCCAGUGACUCCUUAGAGAAUGCUGCCACCCAAGCUAAGAAAGUGCAGAUCUGCAAACCAACCCUUACACAACGUGUGAGCAAGCAAGUGCAGCAAGCUCAUUCAGCCACUGUAGCAUUGAAAAAUGCUGGAAGAAACCACAGGGUCAAAGCUGAAUCUAUGAAAACAAAACCCGCCUUGGCAAAAUCGUACAAGAAAGAUAAUUUGGGACUUCCACCACUUCAGUCGGCUGUCUCUUUUAAGAACUCCAAGAGAAUCGUUGCUGUUGCGCAGUCAAAGCUGACAUUUAUAAAGACGCCUAAAACAGUUAUUCCACGACACCCUAUGCCAUUUGCUGCCAAAAACAUGUUUUAUGAUGAACGGUGGAUGGCAAAGCAGGAAAGGGGCUUCACAUGGUGGCUGAACUUCAUUCUCACACCAGAUGACUUUGCUGUGAAAACAGAUUCUCUGAAAGUCAAUGCAGCUGCUUUGAUCCUUGGCGCUGAGAACAGCCAUAAAGUGAGUGUACCAAAGGCUCCAACCAAGGAAGAGGUUUCCCUUAAAGCCUACACGGCUCGGUGCAGGUUGAAUAAGUUGAGGAGGUCCGCCUGCCGCCUCUUUACGUCAGAACCUGUGGUGAGGGCUAUACGGAGACUUGAAGUAGAGAUUGAGGCUCGUCGUCUUCUUGUAAGGAGAGACAGACACCUGUGGAAGGACAUAGGUGAACGGCAGAAGAUCUUGAACUGGCUGCUUUCCUAUAAUCCAUUGUGGCUUCGUAUGGGCCUUGAGACUGUAUAUGGAGAACUAAUUUCAUUGGAAAGUAAUAGUGAUGUCACUGGCCUUGCUCUGUUCAUCUUGAACCGUUUGCUUUGGAAUCCGGACAUUGCAGCAGAAUACAGACACCCCUCAGUUCCACACCUUUAUCGUGAUGGUCAUGAAGAGGCUCUAUCAAAGUUUACCUUAAAGAAGUUGUUGCUGCUGGUUUUCUUCCUUGAUUAUGCCAAACAAUCCAGACUCAUUGAUCAUGACCCCUGCUUGUUCUGUAAAGAUGCUGAAUUCAAGGCUAGUAAGGACAUCUUGUUGGCUUUCUCUCGUGAUUUCUUGAGUGGAGAAGGAGAUCUCUCGCGUCACCUUGGCUAUUUAGGUCUAACAGUUGGUCAUGUCCAGACGCCUCUAGAUGAGUUUGACUUUGCAGUGACAAACCUGGCUGUGGAUUUGCAGUGUGGUGUUCGUUUAGUGAGAACAAUGGAACUUCUGACUCAAAACUGGAGCUUCUCAAAAAAGCUGAGAGUUCCGGCAAUAAGUCGCUUGCAGAAAAUGCACAACGUGGAAGUUGCUUUGCACGUUUUGACAGAAAAGGGGGUGCAGAUCAAAGAUGAACGUGGGGUCGCCAUUACAUCCAAGGACAUUGUGCACAGACAUCGUGAGCGCACCCUGGCAUUGCUGUGGCAGAUUGUAUUUACUUUUCAGGUGGAUGUCUUGCUCAAUACUGAUCAUUUAAAGGAGGAAAUAACAUUUCUAAGACACAGUUAUACUGUGCAGAAAAAGCUGGCUGCCCUCCGUGCCUCUACUGCACCAGCAAUUUCGAAGAAACGGGACAGCAAUGCUUUUUCUCCUGACAAUUACAGUGAACGAGUCCUUCUGCUUAUGGAGUGGGUUAAUGCAGUAUGUGCCUUCUAUAGUGCAAAGGUUGAAAACUUCACAGUUUCCUUUUCUGAUGGUCGAGUAUUCUGUUACCUAAUCAAUCAUUACCACCCAAGUUACAUACCAUUGACUGCUAUACGUCAGCAGACAAGUCAGACCAUAGAGUGUAGCAAAACUGGAGCUAUAGGACUGAAUUCUUCUUCUGACUCGGAUAGCUCUUUAGAUAUGUGGCCAGGAACGUAUCAGCAAGGUUUAACAACCUCAGCUUUGUUUGAGGAACUUCUGGAGAAUGAGAAGGCAAACUUCAGUCUUGUGCAGAAUGCUGCGUAUGACCUGGGAGGAAUUCCUGCGAUGAUCCAUCAAUCUGACAUGUCUAAUACAAUACCAGAUGAAAAGGUUGUCAUCAUUUACCUUUCUUUCCUUUGUGCUCGAAUUCUGGAUCUUCGCAAGGAAGCUCGUGCAGCCCGAGUUAUACAAGCAGCUUGGAGAAGACACAGACUGGCAGCAGAAGAACAGUUAUUACAGAGGAAGCACAAGGCCGCCUGUGUCAUCCAGCGUGCUGUUUGCAAAUUCCUGUCACGACGUAGGGUUUUAAGGAGAAUUUCUUCUGCCCUCAUAAUCCAAAAGCACUGGAGAAGAUACUUGGCCUACAAGAUGUUAGUGGACUUAAAAACUCUAAGACAGAAAGAAAUAGAGACUUGUGCCGCUGUAGCCAUUCAGAAACAUUGGAGAGGUUACGCAGCUCUGAAAUACUACAGAUCCUUUAAAGUAUACGUUGUUCUCAUGCAAGCAAGAGUCCGCUCAAAGAUUGCUGCUGCUUCAUACAGAAGGACAGUGUGUGCAGUGAGAACCAUUCAAGUUCACGUACGCUCUUGGUUGUUGGCUAGAAAAGAGCAAAGCUGCUACCUCCAGCUAAAAUCGGCGACCGCUGUUAUCCAGUCUGCGUAUAGGAGGUGGAAACAUGAGAAACUGAAAAAGGAAAAUAGAGCUGCAGUAGUGCUUCAGAAAGCCUAUAGGCGGAGGCAGCAGCGCAGGCUGGAAGCCAAGACACAUGCAGCCAUUGCAAUUCAGUCUCAAUAUCGUAUGCUAAGGGAACGCCGUAAAUACCUCACUGUACAGGCGGCUGUAAUAAAGAUCCAGUCCCUGUUUAAGAUGAGGCAGGAAAGAAAAUGGUAUCUUGUCCUGAAGCAGACGGUGAUCUAUAUACAAAGACUGAUCCGGGCUAACCGCCUAAUGCUCAGAGAGAGAGAAUUGUUCUUCAGGAAAAGGAGAGCCUGUGUUAAAAUCCAGUCUGCGGUAAGAGGAUACCUGGUGAGAAGUCAGAUGAAGGGAUGGAAUAAUGCUGCAACUGCUCUACAAGCUUACUACCGAAUGCACAAAGCUAGGAAGGAGUAUGUAACCAUUUACAGAGCUUCUGUGGUCAUACAGAGGAGAUUUCGGGCACACAUUGAUUCUGUGCAUCAUAGGAAAACGUUCCUGUUAAUGAAGCAGUCUGCUAUACUGUUGCAAGCAACUUACCGUGGACACUUAGACCGCAAACGAAUGAGAAUUCGGAAUGCUGGAGCGGUAACCAUACAAGCCAACUACCAAUGUUACAGAGCAAGGAAGCAUUAUUUGAAAAUCCGCCAGUCUGCCUUAACUAUUCAGAGUUGGUACAGAGGUCAAAGGCAAGGGAGGAAAGAAAUGGAAAAUUUCACGAAAACCAAGAGGGCGAUAUCUGUGAUCCAAGCUGCAUACCGUGGCUUCAGAGUGAGGAGGCAACUUCACAAGCAGAACGCUGCCGCCGUUGUUAUUCAGUCUGCUUUCAGAAGAUCACUUGCUCAAAAAAAGUUUGAAGAAAUAAAGAAGUCAACAUUAGCCAUCCAGCGUCGCUACCGAGCUAUGAUGACUGGUAGAAAGGAAAGGCUAAAAUACCUUUGUGUGUGUCUGGUGGUAAGAAGGAUACAGGCUGUCUGGAGGGGUAGAGAAGUUAGAAGGGAGAUUCUGAGGAUGCACAGAUCAGCCAGUCUAAUACAGUCUUAUUACAAAAUGCAUGUCUGCCAAACAAAGUACAAGACCAUGAAGCGUUCUACUGAGCUUAUUCAGGGUCACUACAGAGCUCAUCUUACCCGGAAGCGACAGCGAUCCCACUACUUAAAAAUGAAAGCAGCUGCUACAGUCCUUCAGGCUGCAUAUAGAGGGUGGAAGACCAGGAAGAGUAUCUUGAAUCUUCAUAAAGCAGCCUGCACUAUUCAGGCCUAUUACCGCUCCCACGGAAUCAGAAAACAGUACCUUAAAUUGAAGAUGAGCGCAAUCACAGUGCAGAGGUGGUAUCGCAACGCAGCAGCUGCACAGAAUCGGAGAGCAGAAUACCUUCACCUCAGGAGGAAUGUGAUCAAAAUUCAGUCCAUCUACAGAGGGAUGAAGACGAGGAAGAGGGUAAGCUUGAUGCGAACGUCUGCAACGUUGAUCCAGUCAGUCUUCAGGAUGCACAAGCAGAGAGUGGCGUACCAGAAAAGGAGGCAGGCAGCCGCGGUCAUCCAGCGACAUUACAGAGCAGCGCUGUACGGCAGGCUGGUGCGCAAGCAAUAUUUCGACCUCAGAAAAGCGGCAUGCACUAUUCAAGCUGCGUGGAGAGGGAGAAGCCUCAGGAAGCAGAUUGGACAUAUGUAUAUGGCUGCAACGGUGAUACAGUCCCAAUAUCGAAUGUUCAGACAGCGGUGUUACUUUAACAAGCUGAGAAGGGUUACUGUCGCAGUUCAGCAGCGCUACCACGCUUCACAGCUGCGGAAUAAGCAGAUGUUGCUGUACCGGAAUAUGAGACGUGCUGCUUUGUGCAUCCAGUCGUCUUUUCGGGCAAUGAAGCAACGGUGUGAAUUCAAGGCCAAGUGCAAAGCAGCCAGGGUCAUCCAGAGAGCUGUCAAGUCAUUUAUAGCAAGGCGCAGGUUUCUAGCUCUGCGAAAUGCAGCCAUAACUGUUCAGAAAAGAUAUAGAUUAAAAAGGCUUGGUGACCAUCAUAGACAAGAGUUCAUCAAACUAAAGAAGGCUGCUCUUGUCUUACAAGCUGCAUACAGGAGUGUCCGAGAGCGAGAGAAGCUGCAGAACACGCACUCUGCCGCCACGGUCAUCCAGGCUGUGUUCAAAAUGCACACUGCUCGUGUAAAGUUUCUAAGUCUAAAAAGUGCAUCAAUCACCAUACAGCGUUGUUACAGGUCCCAUAGAUCUGCUUUCUACCAGAGAGAAGCAUUCUUAAAGCUACGUGAAUCUGCAGUGAUACUUCAGGCUGCUUACCGGGGUGCGAAGGUGAGGCGGGCAAUAACUAAAAUGCACCAAGCCGCCACCAAAAUCCAGGCAGCCUACAGGAUGUAUGUAUGCAAACGAAAUUAUAAAAAAGCUCAGUGGGCAGUAGGUGUGAUGCAGCAAAGAUACCGGGCAAAGAAGAUGAGAGACUUCGAAGUUUUGCACUACUCUUUUUUAAAAGAGGCCACCAUUUGUAUCCAAGCCAGUUAUAGAGGCUGGAGGGUUAGGAAAGGGCUGAGAAACCAGCGAAGAGCAGCCAUCAUCAUCCAGAGGCAAUUUAGAACAUACACGGAGUGUCGUCGAUACCUUGCAUUAAAGGAGCUAAGCAUUCGUGUUCAGAGACUAUAUAGAGCAACUGUUGUGACCCGCCGGCAUUAUCGGAACUAUCAGUCAAUGCGAAAAGCUGCAUCUUGCAUUCAGGCUUCAUACAGAGGAUAUAAAGUAAGAAAAGACAUUCAACUCAAACACCAAAUGGCCACCAGAAUACAAGCUUGCUUCAGGAUGCACAGGGCCCUUGUUCUGUAUAGGGCCCAGCGUGGGGCAGCUUGUAAACUUCAGACGUGGUACCGCUCCGCUCUCGAAGUUAGACACGAAAGAGGGCGAUUUCUUCAGUUAUAUAGCUCAGCCGUCAUUAUUCAAGCCGGGUUUAGGGGAAUGAGGGUGCGAAGAAAUGUAAAAACAAUGAAGAAAGCUGCCACUGUAAUCCAGUCCAGUUAUCGCAUGUAUGUUCACUACGCAUACUACAAACGCCUGCUAAAAGCAACUAAAACCAUACAGCAGCGAUAUAGAGGAAAGAAGGUAAGAGACCAGGAUAUGUGUUUGUACCAUUCCACCAAAAAAUCGGCCUUGUUGCUUCAAGCAGCCUUUAGGGGAGCGAAAGUAAGACUGCAGAUUAAGCGAAUGCACCAUGCUGCCACUAGCAUCCAGAAGUGUGUAAAAGCCUAUCUGCAAAGAAAGAAGUACUUAAAACUUCGCUCUGCCGCCGUUUGUUUCCAGAGAAGAUCUAGAGCAUUGAUACUGGCCAGAUCUGAGCGCUCCAGUUUUCUCACACUUCGAAAGGCUACAACUUGCAUCCAGUCCACAUGGAGAGCCUACAAAGCCAAUGAAAAGCUCAAGCAGCAACACAAAGCGGCAGCAGUGAUCCAAGCAUCUUACCGUAUGUACAAGCAGAGGAAAUCCUAUACCGCCUUGCAACAAGCUGCACAAAAAAUACAGGUGCACUUUAGGGCCAACUUGUUGAGGAAUGAGGCGGUCAAGCAGUUUACCAGACUGAAGAAAGCAACCACGUGCCUACAGUCUGCGUUCCGGGCCAUGAAAGAAAGAGAAGCAUUACGAGGAACAGCAGCUGCGCUUGUAAUCCAGGCAGCAUGGAGGACGCAUCAGAAAAGAAAAGCCUUCUUACGGAUGAAGUCGAGAGUGGUCCUUAUCCAAGCGGCAUUUAGGGGACAUAUGGUUAGGAAAAGACUCAAGGAAGAGGAAGUAUCUGCUCGCUGUAUCCAAAGCUGGUUCCGAAGAUGUUGCUACGCUCGACUGCAGAGAGUCCACUAUCUGUCAACGAGGGCGUCUGCUCUAGUAAUCCAGUCUGCUUUCAGAGGGUACUUGGCACGCCGGAUUGUACACCGAGAAAGAGCUGCAAGAAAACUGCAGGCUUAUUUACAUAUGGCUGUGCAUCGGAAAAGGUUUUUGCUGCUCAAAAAAUCUGCUGUGACGCUGCAGUCCCACUACAGGAGGCACAGGAUGCAGGGACUGUACCAGCAACAGAGAGCCUCGGCAGUCCUCCUUCAGCGGUGGUACAGAUCUCUCCUCCUUAUGAGGAAGCAGAGAAUGGCCUAUUUGGACAUUAGGAGACGAGCGAUCUGUCUGCAGUCAGUGAUACGAAGAUUUAAUGCACAAAGGAGGUUCAUGAAGGCUCGGAGGGCUGCUACAAUAAUUCAGGUUCAUUGGCGUAUUUACGAGCAAAGGAAAAUUUUCUUGCAGUAUAAGCAGGCUGCACUAAUUAUACAACAGAGAUACCGCGCAAAAUGUCUCCAAAUGCUUCAUCGGCAUAAUUACUUGAGGCUCAGGACGGCUGCCAUUGUUUUUCAGUCUGCCCAUAGGGCGUCACAAGCCAGGAUGCUAUUAAGAAAAGAAAGAGCUGCUUGUGUGAUCCAGCGCUUCUACAGAUCCUACACUGUGCGUAGAAACUACAUUACUCUCACCAGGACUGUGAAGACUCUUCAGAGAAGUGUGCGAGCCAAGCAGGAAAGGGCAAGGUUUACACAAAUUCGAAUGGCCGCUGUAUGCAUUCAGAGGAGGUGGCGAGAGACCCUUGUUGCAAGGAAUAUCCGCAAAAACUUUCUGCAGAAACAAGCAGCUGCAAAAAAACUUCAGUCUCUCUACAGAGGAUAUGUGGUGAGAAAAGAGAUCAAUAAGAGACAGCAGGCUGCUCAUGUCAUACAAGCGGCAUUCAGAGGCUUCUGGCAUAGACGGCGGUUUCUCAGGUUGAGAGGUGCAGCGGUGACACUACAGCAGCGCUUUAGGGCUUUGCAGCAAGGAAGAUGGGAGCACCUUCAUUACCUGCAACUGAGGAAUUCUGUCAUCAGACUGCAGACCUUUGUCCGAGACUGGCUGGCCAGGAAAGAGGCUGCACGUCUGAAUCGAGAGAGACAGCUUACGAGGUUCAGUUCUGCUGUUCAUCACCAUCUAUGUGCUGUGAGGAUUCAGAGAUAUUUCCGAAAUCACUUGAUUUUCAAAAAGGCACAGAAGCGAAUUACGGAGGUGAUUUAUAUUCAGCGGUGGUAUCGUGCAAGAGUACAGCAAAGGAAGUUUUCCUUCACACGGAGAAAGACAAUCACUCUGCAGCGUGCAGUGCGAGUGUGGUUCCAGCACCGACAUGAAGCCGCCAUUAAAAUUCAGAGAAGCGUCAGGGUUUUCCUUCAACACAGGAAGCAUGCUAAAGUGAUGAGUGGAAUCGUAAAAUUCCAGGCUCUCUGGAGAGGUCAUCAGUUAAGGAAAAAGCAGGAUAACAAAGCUGUGAAAAAGCUGCGGAUGCGUCUACAAAAAGUAAAUGAACAAAUGAAAGAUGAAGAUAGACUUUGUAACAGAACACUGGUUGCCGUGAAUUACCUGCUGACCUACAAACACCUCUCCUUCAUCCUGGCUGCCUUGCAGCAUCUUGAAGUUGCCACCAGACUGUCCUCUGUUUGCUGCGAGAACAUGGCGCAGAGUGGAGCUGUAAAGACCAUAUUUACCCUCAUUCGUAGCUGCAACCGAAGCAUUCCCUGCAUGGAAGUGAUCAAGCUGUCUAUUCAGGUGCUGCUCAACCUUUCAAAGUAUGAAAAAACUGUACCUGUAGUCUACGAGGUGGAGAAUUCUGUGGAAACUCUUCUCGAUUUGAUGCAAAUCUACAGGGAGAAAGCUGGAGACAAAGUAUCCGAUAAAGGGGGCAGCAUUUUUACAAAAACCUGCUGUCUUCUGGCAAUCUUUGCACUGAACUCCCUGAGAGCUCGGGAAAUGUGUGCUAUACCUAAAGCUGUAGAUCGUAUCUGUAGCAUUUAUAAACUAACUGCCCGAAAACACAAGAUAGACACUGCAAGGAACAUCCGACAUCGGCUCAUGAACAGUUCUCAAAAUUUUGGGAACAUUUCAAUCCAAGCAACACCAGUGCGUACAAGAAUUGUUUCAAGAAUAAAGCCUGAUUGGGUGCUGAGAAAAGACAACAUGCGUGAGGUGGUUGAUCCUUUGAAAGCUAUUCAGAUGGUGAUGUUGACCUUUGGAUUGUCCAUUUGAAGCUGUCUAAUAGCCGGAUUGAUCCAAGAAAUUAUUUUAAGAUUGUAAAUUAGGGAUUUUUUUUAAAAUAUAGAAUGUAUAAAAAAAAGAAAAAAAAAAAUCGUUAUAUUGGUAGCCAUUUUCUCAUCUCAGAAGUAUUAUGCUGCUAAAGACAGCUUUCUAAAGCCCAUUGUUUUGGGACCCUGGUGUAUUAUAUGUCUUUGUAAAUAGCUUUCUGUACAGAUACAAAUGUACAAUAAAGUACAGUGUUUAACAGCA